CAUGCAAGUUGCUGACGUCCAGUGCUUUGUAAUGAUCCAAAUUGCUUGUUUUGUAUCUUUUUGCAAGGUGAUCAGUUUCAACUAUGAUAAAGUUUGUUGGUUUGCUUUUUUAUCCCAAACAUAUGGGCGUCGAGAUCAUUCAAACUAUUCUUGAAUUGUAGGUCAUAACAUCCAACCGAGGCUUCAAGAAAUGUCAGGGAACUGGAGACCCACAUUAUCGAACAUUUGAUAACAAGUAUUACGACAUUUUGAGGAACGCUGGAACUUACGUUAUGGUGAAGAGUCUGAGAAGGAACUUCGAGGUACAUGCGCGUAUCUGGCCGUGCUGGCGAGUGGUGUGUAACUGCGGUGUGGCUAUCCGUGAGAACAAUGACGUGGUGACUAUUGACAUGUGUAACGGAGCUUGGCGCAGGACCAGUCCACGUGUUGUACAGAAGUCACCACGACCUCUCGGCAACCGAAUGAGAAUCCGAAGAUAUGGAUCUGGUCAAAGCACGCGUUUUAAGGUCAUGAUGAGGUCAGGAGCUGUGGUCGAAGCUCACUGUGCAUACUGGGGAAUGAGUUUGUACGUCACAGUCCCUGGUGCAGACACCUCAGCUACUGUGGGACUCUGCGGGAACAACAACGGGAAUCCACGUGACGAUCUGGAGGGAAAAGGCAUUUACACGUUUGCCAGGAAGUACAUGUAAGUAACAGGAGGAUAGCCUUGUCGACAAGGAAAACUGCUGCUUGGAUAAACAACAACAACAACAACAACAACAACAAUCCUACUUAGAUUUACUUUAGGACCAAACGAGUCUUUGCUUUACUUACUUUUUAGUUACAAAAGCUGCUAGAUCAAACUGGAAGAUAGCUCGGGUCCACAAGGAAAACUGCAACUAAGAUUUACUUUAGAAGCAAAGAAGUCAUUGCCUAACUUAUUGGUUAUAAAGGCUGCUAGAUCAA